AUGAUCGCACUAGACAAGGACAUCCACAAUUUGGCGAAAAGGAGCCAAAUAUUGUCCGUCGCUUCGGAACGACUCGAAACCGAGACCGAUCUCCUCUACGUGCGGCGAAAGCGAGAAUUGACCUGGUUGUGCACGAUGGCUUGCUUUGCGGCCGUGGACUGGGCUUUUGACGAAAUGAUUCAGGAGCAAAAAAGCAACAUUCACCUCGUCCAUUAUUUGAUGGAGAACGCGCGGUCGUAUUUGAUGGAGCACGAGGUGUUCAAACAUUUCAUCGCGCUUCUGAGCUCAAAAUUCCGAUUAUACGUUAGCAACAAGUUUCGGAUCCCCGUCCCGGCCGGUCGACCACAGACGAACAACCCGAAUACGCAAGAGGACAAGGGGAUUCUGUUGGCGAAUAAUAAUCGCGAGGCGAUUAAUCAGUCGAGAGCAAGAUGUGGUGAGGCUGCCGCUGAGCUGGAGACGAUGCUCCUCGAAGGACGAAAAAUUGAGGCCCCCACUGUCGAAAUGUUCCUAAUUCCUUUUUUGCAGUCCCGCGAAAGAUAUCUGGCCGUGGCGCUGCUCGGUCCCGAUUUGACGGUCCAGAAUCUACCGGUUGCCGAUUUUCAGUUGCCAAGCCGUUCGAUACCCCAGGAAGAACUGCAUAAUAUUUUGCGCUACGAGCUGGCCUGUUACCACUUUCAACUUUUGAAUUUUGCUGUUGUACGAAAGUACCUGGAUGACUUGACCCCGCUUUUGCCCGAGAAUAGCGAAACCUUCCGGCUUUGCGUCAUCGAUCGUGACGAGUUGAACGGGUAUUUGAUUGCGGUGCAACGUCCACCGCUUCCCGGUCGCCCCCAGCACACGAGGCCGGCAAUUCACGAAGGGGCGUCGAAGAUUCGUUUUGUCCAAGCAAUCGCUCGGCUAAUAGAGCGGAUACGUGACCCGAUCGCCCGAACCAGCGUGAGAGCCCUGCUUUAUUUGAUCUCGGCAACGGUGCCAAAUUUCCAGGAUAUCGAGAGGGUCCUUGUAAAGAAAGCUCUACCUGUUGAAUUUGCUGUAAGACAAGCAAUUCAUCCUUCUUCGUCGCCCGAAAUUCCUGCUUCGGCCGUUGACGGAUCGGCUUUAUACACAGUCCCUGGCGACCCGUUCUGGACGAUGCUGACCUCUUUCGACGUUGCCGAAUUGUCCCGCGCGAUCAGCCAAUUGGAGGCUUUCCACCUGCCAUAUCUGUUCAAAUACCCCGAAAUCUUGACCGAGGUGCUGAUGCAGGGCAAACAGAACCGGUUGAACGCUGUGCUGCUAGCAAAAUUGGAGCAGCUGGCGAGCAUCAAGAACCUGAGCAAGUGGAGCGAAUUUCUGAACCUCGUCGUGACCAACACGCCUGUAUUGCAACAACGCAAUGAUGCCACCAUUCAAGAGGCUGUUCUCGCGCAGACUCGAUCCCUGAACUAUCAGCUACAAACGUCGCAUUGUGCCGUCGACGAAGUUACCGUCAACCACCACGUGAAUCUGAUUAAACAGCUGCUCCGCAAGUCGUCAUUGCCACCCAACGGCCAGUUUAUGAUUUCGGCGGUCGCCUUUCUGAUCAACGUUGCGCAAGACGACUUCGUUCUAUCCGAAUUAACUCCAGCCGUCAAACCGCCGUACUUUCUAUUGGCCCAAUUGCUCACCGCCUGGAAACAGGUGCAAGGCCAUGCCAAGGAGGCAAAAAUCCAGUUCACCGGCAAUUUUGCGACGUAUUUUGAGUCGAACGGCUUCUUCUCUGCCGCAUCAAACAGCCGUCAGUUCGAGAAUGAUCGCAUGAAUCUUCUCUCUUUCAUCAAGCUGCUACGGGACCAGGAACACCUCUCCUUGCUAAUUUCCUUCUUAUGCCACCUGUACAAUCGGUACCUCCUCACGGCCAAGAAGCCCCAGCUUGCGCUCGAAUUCCAGAGCAAAGAUUUGUGGAGGAUUGACGUCGAAUUACCAGCGACCAACGUCGAAUACCUUGACGAGGCUUUAUUCACGGCUCUCUCGGCCGGGCUCCGCCUCAACCCAAUGCACGCCUUUUGGCUCCGGUCGCUGGCCGACUACUAUUACACCAAAGGCGCGACAACAAAUGCUCUCGGUUACUAUAUGGAGACUGUGUGCGCGUGUAUGGAGAAUGAGCUGCUCCCGCCAUUCCCUGACGUUUUGCUCGACGAUUUGAUGUGGUACCGGAUUCGCGUGUGUUUGACGUCAAGCGGACAUCACACGCUGGCCGCCAUCGUUGCCCAGCUUAUCGUGGCCAAUUCGUACCGGCUGGAUCAGUACCUCGUGGCGGCAAAUAAUAUCCGCACUCAAUCGGUGCUCGACACGAUGGAGACCCUCGCGCCGUUGUGCUUCGACCAUGCGCUAGUCGAGACGCUGACCGACACGUUCGAGCGGAUCCAGAUGACCACCCGGACGGAUGCUUUUGUAUUGGCCUCCGGACAAGCCUCACUGAACAUGGCCAACUCGCCGGAGGUGAUGAUCGCCGAACGGAGCCGCCGUACCGUCCGCCUCCUGCGCACCAUUGCCGCUAUGACAUUCCGGGUCUACGCA